AUGGGCUCGGUCUUCUCCGCCAUCCGCUCCGCGUCCAAGACCGUCGGGGCGGUGGUCAAGCUCCUCCUCGACCUAAACAGGCAAUAUCAGGCCCUGCUGGUGCGGGUCAACACGGCACCGGGCCUGCCGCAUGAGAAACCCUCGAGCCCGUACUGGCUCGACGACCCACCCUUCCCGGAGCUGACGGACAUGCGGUCCGAGAUGCUGCCGCGGGAGGCCGACGUCGUCAUCAUCGGGAGCGGCCUCACCGGCGUGGCGGUCGCGAGGAGCUUGUUUGCCGCCGCACGGGGCGGCGGCGGCGGCGGCGGCGGCGACAACGGUGACGGCCCGAAGGUCGUCGUGCUCGAGGCGCGCUCACUUUGCGCGGGCGCCACGGGACGCAACGGGGGCCACCUGAAGGGGAGCCCGCACGAGCUGUUCCCGCGGCUGGCGCGACACUUUGGCAAGGAGGGAGCGGCGCGCCUGACGCGGUUCAUGCUGCGCACCGCCGAGGCCGUGCAGGAGGUCGGUCAGGCGGAGGGGAAGGAGGUGGCGGAAUGCAGGGCGGUCGAGACGGUCGACUUCUUCCUCGACGACGCGAGUUUCGAGGACGUGAAGAAGCAGUGCGAGGAGCUGCGCCGGUGGGUGCCCGAGUUUGAGGUCGAGGUGCUGGGGCGAGAGGAGACGCUGGCGAGGUUCGGGUGCGACAAGGGCCACGUCCGCGGGAGCCUGGUGUACGCGGCCGGUGCGCUCUGGCCGUACCGCCUCGUCACGGCGGUGUGGCGGGAGCUGCUGGACGCGCACGGCGGGCGGCUGAGCCUGGAGACGGGCACGGCCGUGGAGGCGGUCGCGCUGGACGCCGUGGGGGGCGACAAGGGCAGGCCGUACGUCGUGAGGACGUCGAGGGGGGCGAUCCGGGCGCGCCACGUGGUCCACGCGACGAACGCGCACGCCGGGCAGUUCCUGACGGGCUUGCGGGGGAAGCUGACGGGCUUGAAGGGCCACAUGACGGCACAACGGCCCGCGCCGGUGGAUCCCGCGCACAACGGCCCCGGAGACGGCGGCAGCGGCGGGUUCCGAUGGAAGGACGGGAGCGCUCCAGGGACCAGGUCGUGGAGCGUGCUGUACGGCGGGGGCUCGUUCGACUACGUCACGCAGCGGCCGAACGGGGAUGUGAUGCUGGGCGGCGGCUUCGAGCGGAGCGCGAGCGAGGGCGUGGACAUGAUUGGCGUGUGGGACGACUCGGGGACAGACGGGCUGACGAUCGCGCACGUGUCGGGCGUGAUGAAUGCCGUGUUCGGGGCGAGGUGGAACGGGGACGUGAUCCGGUCCUGGAGCGGGAUCCUGGGGUUCACGGGGGACUUGGCGCCCUUUGUCGGGCGGGUCCCGGCCAGCCUGACCGGGGCGAAUGCGACGCUCAACUCGUCGCUGGGGGCGGGCGGGAUGAGGAGGGCGAAGACGCAAAAGGUUUUCGAGGAUCUGGACGUGAAGGAGAGCGACGCGGCCGGGUGGAAGGGGGCCGAGGUCGGGGAGUGGGUCAGCGCCGGGUACAACGGCGACGGGAUGGUGUGGGCGUGGCUCUGCGGCACGGCGCUCGGCGUCAUGGUCGCGGGCAAGGAGCACGUCGUGCUGGAGAAGAGGGACGGGUUCCCCGGGGGUCGGCUGGCCGAAUGGUUCCCCGCGGAGCUGCUGAUCACCGAGGCGCGCGUCAAGAAGGCGGACCUGACCAACCUGGUGGACGAGAUCAUGUAA